AUGCGUCGUUUAUCAACUCUUUUUGUCGUUCUAGGGGUUAAGAGCUCUGUCUGUGAGGUGGCCACGCGUGGCAUUCCGUACUCCCCUCGCGGCACGAUUCAGGACUAUACUUCAUCACCGAGGCACCUGUCGUUGGCCGAGAUGCAGUUUGAUUUCGAUCGCCGCACGGGGCGCAAGACCAAUGGGCUGUACGAUGGGACCACAUUCGUGCCUGGCGUUGGUGCUCAGCCAGCAGAGCGCUUUCCGUUCUACUACCCCCAGGAGAGCCCACGCUACGGUGAGUCCCCGCCGCCACAUAAAGCCCUUGAGGACCUCCUUCCUGAACUGAGUAGUGGCUAUAUGGCGGAUGUUCGGACUGAUCCAACACAUGCUGAGCUCCCUGAGCAUGUCAGGGCAGCCAAGCAAAGUAUUAUGAUAUCACAAAGUGACAGCUGUGGCGAGGUUCCGCGCGGGUUGGUUCCACCACCGCCACCAUCUUGUAAAGCUAACGUAACUCUCAGGGCGUAUCAACCUCCUCGUGUCCAUCUCCCUGGGUUCUGGUGGGCGCUUAUAUGUCUUUUUGUGUUUAUGUUUGCUAUUAUGGGGAAGUAUGGAGUCUGA